UAGUGUUGAUGUUUUUGUGAGUUUGCAGUGUUGUUGUGUUUGAGUUAUUGUUGUUUUGUGUUGUUGUCUGUGUGGUUGCUGUUGUGUUUGGAGGUUGUUCCCAGACCCACUCUCCCAGGUGAACGUGGACUCGGCGCUGCUGCGGUUCGGCUCGGUUCUGCAGCCGCGUGUCGUUCCGGUGCCGCUGCAGCGGUUGACUGCGCUGAUGGCGCUGAUGACGCGCGUGCGGCCGCGCGCCGCUCCGUUAGCAGCGGCAGGAAGUGCUGCUGGAGCGACGGCGGGGGGACGCAGCGGAGCGGCAGAGGUCGGUGGAUGCACGGGCGGGAACGGCAUGUUUGGACCGUGAUUGUGCACGUCGCGCGUGCCCACACUGUGCGUCGUUGUCUGCGCGGGCGCUCAGGCCGUCCGGGGUGUUGCCUCAGCUUCUGGUGUGACACCCCCCAUCCCUCUGCAGGCCCGCCAUCUUGGAAGGCGGGCCCUGAUUGGCUGGAACUAAUGGGAGAAAAUGGCGAGCACCCUGGCCUGAAAGCUGCCCGUGUUUUCGGCGUGGUGAACGUGACCCCGCCCCCUCUGCGUUGCUGUGGAGUACUAUGGCAAUGCAUGAUAUGAGUCGUGCCAAGGGAUUCCCCUGUAAAGAAUGUGAUAUGGUCUGUCCGAGCACGCCAAGCCUUCUCGAGCAUAUGAAAGCACACUAUCAGCUGGAAGACAGCCCCCGAUUUGAGUGUGAGCAGUGUGGUCGCAUUUACAAGCACGCAGCCAGCCUAGCCAAUCACAAGAAGUCUCACGAAGUGGGUUCCUUUCAGUGCCCGGUUUGUACGCGCACGCUGCCCAACGCGGUGGCUCUGAAGAAUCACUUACGGAUCCAUACUUUGUCCCCUAGCAGCGCGCACGCUGAGGAGGAGACCGAGGAGGUUCCCGAGGAAGCGGGCCACGACGACCGGGACUACGGUCUCGCCCAGGACCUGUCGGGGGGGUUCGGGCGCUCUGGUUUGAAUAGUGGUAUGGGACAUAGUGUCCUGCCGGGCCACGAAACUGAGGACAAGAAAGGCUCCCCUGAACCAGACGACGCCUGGGACCGGCCAUUCAAGUGCGACCAGUGUGACAGAACCUACCGGCACCACGGGAGCCUGGUGAACCACAAGAAGUGCCACCAGCAAGGGAACUUCAAGUGCUCUGCGUGUUUCAAACUGUUCACCAACCUGGCUGCCCUGAACAGCCACGAGAGAACUCACUCUAAGUUCAAAACGCCGGGGGCCACCAUGGUGAGCAGCAGUAGCAGUAGCAGCAGCCUCCACGACUCGGACCGCGGCGCCGGCUCGCAGUCGUCCCAAAGCGACGACGCGGCCUCCAGCUUCUGCCACCUGUGCCAGAUCUCGCUGCCCAACAAGGCCGACUUCCAGGAGCACAUCCUGCUGCACAACACGGCGUCCCCCUCCCUGAGCCUGCCGCGCAGCUUCCCCGGCAUCAUGGCACACAACCUGAGCACGGUUCGAUCCCCAGCGUACACCCCGGCACUGGGGGACCCCCUACCUCUGCCUCCACUUCCCACUGAAAAAAGAGGCCCCUAUGACCCGAUAAUGGGUCCCCCAGUCAACAACCCCAUCUUCACCUGCGCGUAUUGUGGCGCUGGACACCCGGACUUGGAGUCUUUGAAAGUUCACUACCUGACUCAUGACCCCCACCCCCCUUCCCACAGUCAGGAGAGCUCCAUGCUGAACUCUGACACCCUCAGCUCUGGGUCUCAGGGGUCGGUGGCCUCUCCCUCGGGGGGCCGCGUGCCACAAGCCAACUCUCCAGACGACGAAGAGCGCCGCUUCAAGUGUGGCGAAUGCGGCAAGAGCUACCGGCACGCUGGGAGUUUGGUCAAUCACAAACGGUGCCAUCAGACUGGACACUACCAGUGCACCAUCUGCUGUAAGCAAUACCCCCAUCUGGCGGCGCUGCACAGCCACCUGCGCAGCCACAAGGGCCGUCCUUCCAACCAGCCAAUCAGCAGUGACAGCAGCGACUGGCUGUCUCCAGAGCCACUCACACUGGACUCCCAGCAGAACUAUGUCCAGGAGGGCAGCGGCGCCACCACGCCAAUUUCAUUGCCAGGAAACCUCGGUGAUGCUGGCCACUUUGUGCCAGACGGUGGCCACAGUAGCGGUCUGGACUCUUUGGAGUUCCACGACCGCUUUGAUGGCAGCUCACUGUCCCAGAGCAGCUCUGCUCACCGGCAGGCCGACAGACACAUGUGUGCCGACUGUGGGGAGAUUUACGGAGAUGUUUCUGGCAUCAAGUCGCACAUGUGUCCUCGCCGUGGUCAGCAGGCCCCCCCGCAGCAGCAGCAGCAGCAGGGCAACAUGUCCAAUGGCUUCAUGGGAAACAUGAGCUACCAUGGUUCUGGAGGAACCUCACUGCCAUCCGGGAGCUCCAGCAACAUGAAGGAGGGCAGCCAGCGAGUGUUCUCCCAGAGCUCCGGCAAGGCCAUGGCCAGCAGCACCAAGGAGGACGACGAUGACGGCGAGGUGUACCAGUGCUCGGUUUGUGGCAACCACUACGCCAGCCUCAGAGCCCUCAGGAGCCACCUGCGCAGUCACGCCAACAACCCAACCGGACCAGGACCGUCCAGUCUGGAGCAGGGCUGGAGGAUGAUCUGCUCCACCUGUGGCCAGAGCUUCUCCCGGAAACAGGACCUCCUGAAUCAUCAGUUGAUCCACGGCCCCCAGAGACCCGAUGGCCAGCAGGGAAUCGCCGGCAGUUCUACCAACGGGGACAACAAAGUAGACAGCCGGAGCCACAUCUGCGUGGACUGUGGUCUGUUCUUUGCUGACCGCCAUCACCUGGUGACCCACCUGUGCCCGGGAAAGAACCAGGCGAUGAACAAGUUGGGUCUAAACGGCGCCAAAGGAAUGUCUGCAGAGGGUGUUGGAGCAAACCGUGAUGUGGGGGCUGAGGGGCACAGGCCCAUGGUGGACCAGAGUGACAAACCUCACAAGUGUGACCAGUGUGGACGAGGAUACAGACACCCCUGCUCCCUGCUCAACCACAAGAAGUCCCACAAGACGGGCGUCUUCCGCUGCCUGGUCUGCCAGAAACGCUACUACAACCUGCUGGCUCUGAAGAACCACCAGAGGACACACUUCGACCUGAAGAGGCACAAGUGUGAGGAGUGCGGGAAAGCCUUCAAGAUCCAGAAGCAGCUCAUCAACCACCUCCGCCUCCACGAGGAGCACCGGGCCAAAGGUCUGGUCCGGACCGGCCCCAACGGUUCCCGCUUCCAGCAGCCGGGCCCGUCUCAGAUGCAGACCAUGAGAGGAGAGCCGUCCAAGGGUCCGGUGAUGGGGGUCAAGUAUCCAAACCAGGGCUUCAAGAAGCCGUACUCCUCAGCCGGCACCUCCAGGCCGCAGAAGUUUGAUCCUGCUGAGAGUGGGCGGCGGCCUUUCGCCUGCGAGGAGUGUGGGAAGACCUACCGGCACGCCGGCAGCCUGGCCAACCACAAAAACCUCCACAAAAUUGGCGAGUACCACUGCAACGUCUGCAAUUCCACCUACCCCAACAGGCUGGCCAUGAAGAACCACCUGCGGCUGCACUUCGCCCAGAAGAAGCACAACUGCCAGGAGUGCGGCAAAGGCUUCCGCACGCAGCGGCAGCUGGCCACCCACACCACGGCGGGCCUGUGCAAGGGUCCGCAGGGCCCCGGGGCCCAGAUGGACUUCGAGUGCGACGGCUGCUGCGAAGGCUUCGCCACCGCCGACGAGCUGUCGGCUCACGACUGCCCCGCCCAGCACCUGCCCUCCUCGUCCUCCACCACCAGCUCGUCCACGGUGAACGUGGACCGCAGCGCGGUGGACCUGGACUCGGACGAGAGGCCGUACGCCUGCGACCUGUGCAGCUGCACCUACAAGCACGCCAGCUCGCUGCUCAACCACAAGCACACCCACAAGACCGGCAACUUCCGCUGCAACUUCUGCGACAAGCCCUACACCAACUACAUGGCGCUGCGCAACCACAUGCGCAUCCACACGCAGCGCAAGAAACACAUCUGCCACACCUGCGGAAAGGCCUUCCGCCUGGCGCGGUUUCUGCGCAACCACCAGAAGGUGCACGAGGAGGGCGCCACGCCCUUCGGCUGCCCCUCCUGUGGCAAGAGCUUCCAGGGCAGGUCUGGCUUGGCCCGGCACCGCUGUGGGGACAACCAGGUAGGCAUGGAGGUCAGGAGGAAAGCCGCCACGCCCGCCGGAGAGGGAGAGGACUGUCGGUACACAUGUGACCAGUGCGGCCGGUCCUACCGCCACGCCAGCUCCCUCCUCAACCACAAGAACACCCACACCGUCGGCGUCUACCACUGCGCCGUGUGCCUGAAGACGUACUCCAACCUGCUCGCCCUCAAGAACCACCGCCGCAUCCACUCCGAAACGCGCCGCCACCGCUGCCACGACUGCGGGAAGGCCUUCCGGGUGUCCUCGCAGCUCUACAAUCACCGGCGGGUCCACCAGAAGCAGCGCGAGCUGACCUGCCGGGCCUGCCAGCGGGCCUUCCCCACUCAGGCCAGCUUCAGGCUACACAUGGAGAUCACGCACGGCCAGCCGCCGCCGCCCAGAGCCCAGCAGCCCCGCCCCGGGGGCUCCCAGGAUCUGGGCUGGGGCUCGGGCCUGGACCUCACCCUCAUGCAAGAGCAGGGGCUGGUCCCGAGAGCUCCGGACAAGGCCCAUCGCUCUGGGGGCGAGGCGGACGUGCACAAACCCUACGUGUGCGAGCAGUGUGGGCGGUCCUACCGGCAUGCCAGCUCGCUGCUUAACCACAAGAACAGCCACAAGACAGGGACCUACUUCUGCUCCUCUUGCCAGAAGGAGUUCCCAAACCUCAUGUCCCUGAAGAACCACCGUCGGAUCCACACCGAGCCUAAGCGGUACCAGUGCCCCGACUGUGGCAAGUCGUUCCGCGUGUCCACGCAGCUCAUCUGCCACCGCCGCAUCCACACCAAGGAGAAGCCCUUCAGCUGCCCGCACUGUGACAAGCGCUUCUCCUCCAAGUCCAACCUGCGCCACCACCUGAAGGUGCACUGGAGCGGCCCCGCACCGCCGCCGGCCGCGCCGCCCAACUACCUGGGCAUGCCUGGAGGGCCUUUCCUAUAGGUGUAGGGAGGAGUCACAUGACUUAUGAGGUGCCAAACUGUAGCCUGACCUGAACACGCCCCCCUACGAAGGCACCUAUCGACUGACUCACCCCCAAGAACCGAGCAGAACCGGGGGCCGUCCCUGUGAGCAGAAUGUUCUGGAGUUUCUGAACUGGGUUAUCUCAGACACAUGUAGCGUGGGCGGAGCCGGGCUUUUGGACUUUCAUGUCGAUUUUGUUUGUGAACUUAAGCUGGAGCUGCUCUGGGUGGGGGGUGGGGGGUGGGGGCACAAAGCUUCUUCACACCUGGAUUUGAAUCGGGCUCUGAACCAGUUUCUGUUGGCUGGGGAGGCAGGACCGGGUUCUCUGGCCUCAGGCCGGUUGGACUCAUGUUGCAGCCAAUGAGUUAUAUUGCUAGAGAUGCUACGCUAGGCUGUUAGCCCUGUCCAAGAUACGUAAAGAGCGACGCCAUAUUGGAAAUGUCAGUAAACAAUGAGACAGUUUAGCAGAUACAGUCAAAGGAAUUAUUCUGGUCCAGUUUAAGGCCGAUCAUCACAGAAAUCAGACCCAGGUCGAGUGUUGAACCACAUGUCAAACGUUCUUAUGAAUGCGUUAACACAUAGGAAACACCACGCACACUUAACUGUUUGAUUAUUCCGUUAUCCUAGCUGACAUGUUUGGACGGAGACGGAAUGAAAAGUAUGACUCCUACAGACAGGAUCAGAUUUAUGACAUUAACCAUGCAGACGGGGCGCCGUCAGCACUUCAGUCCAUGGCCUGGUGCACCGAGGUCGGGCGGGACUCUGUAGAGGCUGCGACACACUCGGCGAGGGAUCCCACUAGUGCAGGGGUGUCGAACUCAAUCGCACAGGGGGCCAGAAUCCAAAACGACCUUAGGUCUGGGCUGAACAGGAUCAACAUUUAUUGAACACUCUAAAACUUUAAAAACGUAACUUUGUAAUUGAGACAAACCUUCAAACGCGGCCCUAACCCUAGCCUGGUCCGCUUCUGGUACCACAUCCAGAACCGUAUCUGGAACCAAUACCAAUCCUCGUCAGGUUCCGUGUUAAUGUCAGGGCUAGAAUGCCAGUCCAAUGUACGUCUGGUACCGCCCGGAGGUUAGUAAUUAGUCAUUAUAGUCAAUAAACAAUUUAAUAGUCGAUUAGUCGUUAUUUAUAUUCUAUGGAGUCAGACUGUAGUAAAGUUGAACAAAGUUGAGAGCGUUCAGCACCAAAAAAUGAACUCUUCAUAAUUUGAGUCAGUGAGACCAAAACUUUAUCUUUAAUGAAAAGUAGUUCCUUGUUUCAGAUGCCGACCUUGGAGAGAUGAGGAAUACACUUCCCAUAAAAUCAUUUUGACAGGUGACCUUUGACCCUACAUAUAUAUAAUUGAUAUUAAAUUGUUAAGUCAUUUUGGGGGGCGGGGCACCUGUCUAAACGAGUUUGAUGGAUGGUGUAGGCUCACUCUCUCAUUUGAUUUAAUCUUGUUUUGUUUCCCAGAAAUGACUGAAGGACAGAAGCUGCAUGAAUUAUUUAAAGUCGAUUGAACUAUCAUCUUAAUUGUCUUAAUUUUUAGUUUAAGGUUAUCGGUUGUUAAGAUGUGGGCUUUACAUCCACUUUAAGCAUGACCCGAUUGGUCGACUAUUUAAAUAACCGUUUGUAGCAGCACUGUUGGGGACACUAAACCAACACACAACCAUAGUCAGUAUGUGACUAAGUAGGAAUGAGAAUGUGUUGCCUUAUGUUACCAGCACAAGAUAACAUCGGGCCGGUAAUGACACAAAUAUUCACCCAUCGGGCCUCAUCCGACCCUGGGGCUUGACUUUGACACGUGUGCACUACUGGAUCCCGGCCAGCCCCUCUCAGAAGGACUCGGGCACCCCCGCGCCACCGCGUCCUGGCGGUUCGCAGAACAUCCCUGGUCCGCCUGCCGGACAGGGAUUCGGCGCUGGGUUCUUCCCUCUUCACCACCGAGGAAAUUCUGGUUAGCUUAUUUUCCUCCCUUUAGUAAUCUACUUCAGUUCAGCGAUCGUCCUCCAGAACCUAGAUUGGAAAAGUCUAAAGCUUGACUUUGAAUCGAUAAACUUAAACGUUCACUCUGAUCUUGCUCACGUUUUCUAUACAUUCUCCUUUAUCUGACAGUAAUAAUUCACCGGGAAAAGUCACACUCUUGUUGUCCAACUCUGUGACUGUAACACAGCAGUAAACAGGAAUCUCCACCUUUUCAAUAUUUACGUACGCAACAAGCUAGCAUAGCGACUCUAGUCUAAAUAGCUCCUUGGCUGCACUAUCGCUGUUGUAGGAGGGUCGGGACGCAGACAGGAAGUCUGUCCUGCAGCACUUUGAGGACCACAGGAAGUCUUGGAGGAUUUUUAAAAUAAAAGCCCCCUGCAGGUCCUUCAGUUCUGGCGUGCUGCACACGCCGCCACCUCCAGUGGGUCCAGACCUUCAGACUGAAGGGAGGAAGGGGAGCGGCUCAGGUGGGCGGGGUCUCCUGUCAGAACCGCAUCAUUUCCUCCUUUGGACUGGACCUGCUGCUGCUGUUUAGCUCCACAGCCCCCCCUGCUGGCCAAAGUUAACUCCAGAGCAGCCGAGGGUUUCGGACCGCUCCUGGAAAAGCCAGACUUCUGCAGAACCGGAACCGCCGAGCCUUCCCACACCGCCUCUUCUUCCAUAUUUAUCUCCUGUCAGCGUUGGAGGGCCCCCGCUGCGCCCCCCCCCGUAUUUAUUGGUGUUCCUUUGCUCUUAUUUAAGCCUCCGUGUGUCCGUCAGCGUGCUCAGGAGCGCUGGUGCUAGAAAUGAUAACCGUGAAAGCCGUGCAGUGACGUCCAGUGCUGUAGGAGUCUGUGUGAACUAGAACACAAAAUAUUAACUGUGCAUUCGCCGUCUUCUUCCUCCUCCUCCUCCUCCUCGGUUCCUUUGGACACCUCCUGCCUGCAUUUCUGUAGUUUAGAGAAGAAGGUUUGGAGCAAAUGUACCCUUUUGUUGACAGCUCUAACGUUCUGAUUCAUGCAUAUAUAUGUAAUGCUUACUAUACACUUUUAUAAACUAUGUUUUGAUAAUUCAUUUCUUAACAGAAACUUGUCCAUAAACUAUAACCCUACUGCUGAGUACUGGAAAUAAAUAGGUGAAAAACCUU